AUGAUGAUGGCAUCGAAUAUGUUAACAGCAACCACGGAAAGAAAACGUAAAAUACAACAACAGACAGAUGAUGGUCUGAUACCAUUUAAGCGUAAUAUAACGGAAGAACAAAUUGAAACUAUGUCAAACUUGGUACUACUAACAAGAGAUGAAGACAUAACAUUAAUUUGGUUUGAUGAAAAUAUUGAACAAGAAAUUACAGGCAAACUAAAUGAAACUCAUGAUCAUAUUCAAUUCUACUUGACAUUUGAACUGUUAAAUGAUGCAAUAGCACAAGUGAAAAAUGAAAAAAUUUUGUUAAUUGUUUGUGGCAAAUAUUCACAUCAGACGUUGACUUCGAUGCAUGAUCAUGAAAAGAUUCAUUCAAUUUAUAUUUUUUGCAUUGAUAAGCAAUCGUAUCAAAAUUUAGUUGAUGAUGGUUCUGAUAAAAAAUGUUCAAAAUUAGUUGGUAUUUACAUAGAAUAUGAUCAGUUAUUCGAACAAGUGGGAAAACAAGUUAUAGCUACACUGAAACAUCUGUCAACUUUCUUAUAA